GGUGAAAGAGGUGAUUUUUUUGGUUAAAAUAUAAUCACCCAUUAUCCAACACGAUAUAAGGGUAGAUUAGGGUGGUACAGUGAUGGUGAAGGGCUCUUGGUCCAAGGAAUUGGAGCUACUCUCCUUUUUAUUCGCCUCACAUUAAACCUAUUCCCCAGGUUGUGUGGCCUUGAUUCUGAUGAUGAGCUCUUGAUUUGAGGAAUUGGAGCUGUCCUACCCUUUUGGAUGAAAUCUAAUUAUCUCUCAUACUCCAGAUUUGCUACUAUGAGUUCUUAAAAAGACUUCAAAGCAGAGGAAUGUAAGGAGCACCAGGUCAAACAACAAGUUACAAGAUUCAUUAGGAUUCUAAGACUCGAGAGAGGUGGGGAAUGCAAAUCACUUCGAUGGAUCAUGAUAUUCACCAUGGGAUGAUUGCUAGGGAUGAAUAUGUUGUGACACAUGGCACCUUACCUGAUGUUUUAGGCCGAGGAACUAUGGAACAUGAGAUAGUUAUGGCAUCCAGUAAUCUGAUGCUAGUUAAUAAUGUACCUCAAAAGAGGCCCUCUGUAUCACCUAUGGAGACAAGAGAUGCCAAGAAGCCAAGAUCCAAAUCACUUCAGUUCAUCUGCACUGUGCCAGAAUGUGCAGAGAAAUUUAAUAACCAAGAACAUCUUGACACACACAUGAAAUUACACUUUGGAGUGAAACCAUUUACAUGUGAUGUAUGUGGUAAGGUUUGCCAGACCGAGAGUCGGCUCAAGACUCACCAAGCCUUUCAUGUCAAUGAUGGUGUCAAACCAAAAUGUGAUGUCUGUGAACGCAGCUUCUCAAGUCGCAGUGCACUAAACAAGCAUAAAAAAAUGCUGCACAAGCCUAAACCCCAUGUUUGUCCACACUGCAACUCAGGAUUUGAAGAGCAUAAAUAUAUGGUCAUCCACGCCAAAAGAUCGCAUGAUGCGGAUCUCUCUCCUGAAGUAAAGGAAUCUGAGCUUCCCACAUCAAGUGACUACUUUGAAGUUGAUAACUUUGAUUCAAAUUCAAAUUUAAAUGAAUGUAAACAUUACUUUAAAGAAAAUUACUCUGUACCAAUAGAUGAAAAUCCACUCACACACACAGCCAUUUCUAACAACUCCCUUGAACCUCCAAAAGAGAAUUCUCAGUCUGAAUUAUCUGUUCUGCAAAAGAAAAUUGCUAUUCCUAGUCCAACUUCUGUAUGUCCUCUCAUUACGUGUGAGUUUUGCUCAUCAACCUUUCCUUCACUGGCUUACUUGGAGCAACACAUGGAAGUACAUUUAGGAGAGAAAACGUAUGCCUGUCAUAAUUGUGGGGUGAGUGUCUCCAGUUUGCAUGACUUGAGUAACCACCUGAAGCUACACAUAGCAGAAACUGAGAGUACAAACUUUAUUACAAGCAACAGUAAUGGACAUUUUAGUCAGUUUGUGCCUCUGCCCAUGCAACCAGUGCCUACCAGAGCUCCCCAGAUGUUUGAUAAAUAUAUAUGUGUUAUCUGUAAUGAGCAGUUCUUAAACCUUGGAAGUCUUAAACGUCACCAAGCUAAAGGUCACAACACUGCUAUGCUCAGCAUCUGAUGUAAUAUUUUUUUAACAAACCGGAUAUAUCCCACUGAGGCAGGGUGACCUGAAAAGAGAAACGAAAUUUAAAAACGAAAGUUGUUCUUUUUAAAUUUAGUAAUUUAUACAAGAGAAGGGGUUAUAAGUCCCUUGCUCCCGACAUUUUAGUCACCUCUUACGACACGCAUGGCUUUCGGAGGAAGAAUCCUGUUCGAUUUCCCUGUGGAGAAUCUGAAGCAAUAUAUUCACUUUAAAAUUAUGGUGUAGCUUCAGCUACUCCCUCAAAUGUACAGACAAAUUCUAAUCUAUCACAAACUAUUAAGGUUGAUUCCAUAUUAAUUUUUCAUGAUAAGUUUUUAAAUUUAUGAUAAAUAGGGGAAGUAUUGUACAGUAUAAAAAACAACUGGUUGUGUAUCAUUAUUGUGAUAAUAUAGAUCAUUUACAAAGAAAUGACUUUGUAAAUACAGUAACUACUGGUACUAUAGAAAAUAUGAUAGUGUCAGAAGCAGAUAAGACUGUUAAGUGCAGCUACAUGAAUUGUUUUGCUAGUGUGUAUGUUUGCCAUAUAUAGAUAGUAAGACAGGAGCUUAUUCUUGAAUUACUGCACUGUGCUAAGUUCCUACCUGUGUACAUUAAUAUAACUACAUUAGUGCUGCCUUCUGUAUUAAACAUUACUGAAUGUUCAGCAUUUUGUGUGUAUGUAGAUAAACCCUGAAUACUGAUGGUGGUUCUUCUAAUUUCAGAUUUUAGGUGAAUUUACAUACGAGAAAAUUCCCUGUUCAAUAGGCUCUCAUUUUGUAACUGUAUAUCUGUGCACUUUUUCAUUAUUUUUAGUGUACUAUACAGUACAUUUCUAGUUAAAAACAACAUUCAGUGAUGGCUUUGCUAAAGGUUUACACAACCAAGCGCAUUCAUUUCACACAUUUCUAAGUGCAAAACAUCAUCAUCUCCCUCUAUAUCUGAUAUUUUCCUAGAAUCAGUUAAACUUUCAUGAUAUUCCAAUUUCUUAAAGUCUAGCUAUUGAUCUACAUAUACACUUUCUCUUGUAUACUUUCUUUAGUGUGGCCCGGUGGCCUGGUGGCCUGGUGGCCCGGUGGCCCGGUGGCUAAAGCUCCCCCUUCACACACGGAGGGCCCGGGUUCGAUUCCCGGCAGGUGGAAACAUUUCGACACGUUUCCUUACACCUGUUGUCCUGUUCACCUAGCAGGAAAUAGGUACCUGGGUGUUAGUCGACUGGUGUGGGUCGCAUCCUGGGGGACAAGAUUAAGGACCCCAAUGGAAAUAAGUUAGACAGUCCUCGAUGACGCACUGACUUUCUUGGGUUAUCCUGGGUGGCUAACCCUCCGGGGUUAAAAAUCCGAACGAAAUUUUAUCUUAUCUUAUCUUAUCUAGUGUGUACUGUACUAGCCUAAUUGUACUCACCUCAGUGCAGUUGCAGGGGUUGAGUCUCAACUCCUGGCCUUGCCUCCCUGCUGGCUUCUGUUUUUACUAGUGGCUGUGUGAGCCCUAUCAUACCUAUCUUAAAGCUGUGUAAGGAUUCUGCCUCUAUCACUUUACUGUCUAGUCUGUUCCACUUAAUGACUACUUUAAGGCUAAAGAAGUAUUUCCUAACAUCCCUGUGACUUUGUGUACCUGAGACCCGCCUCUCAAACAGACUCUUCCUGUACAUACUGUCAAAUCCUCUUGGGUAUUUUGUAUGUUGUAAUCAUGUCACCUUAGAUACUUCUAUCUUUUAUUGUCUUAAGGUCUAACUCCUGUAGCCUAUCCUCAUGGCUCAUACAUUUCAGCUCUGGGACUAGUUUUGUUGCAGACUUUUGCACUUUUUCCAGCAUUUUUACAUGAUUUACCAAAUGCACAUUCCAUACUGACGCUGCAUACUCCAAGAUGGGCCUGACGUACAUGUACUAACCUAGUACCAUAUGUGUGUGUGUGUGUGUGUACUCACCUAAUUGUACUCGCCUAAUUGUGGUUGCAGGGGUCGAGACUCAGCUCCUGGCCCCACCUCUUCACUGAUCUCUACUAGGUCCUCUCUCUCUCUGCUUCCUGAGCUGUAUAAUACCUCUUCUUAAAACUAUGUAUGGUUCCUGCCUCCACUACUUCACUUGCUAGGCUAUUCCACUUCCUGACAACUCUAUGACUGAAGAAAUACUUCCUAACGUCCCUGUGACUCGUCUGAGUCUUCAGCUUCCAGUUGUGACCCCUUGUCCCUG